GUCAUUGUCUCAACUACAUCGGAAAAUAAACCUUCUUAGCGUCAGUGCGACUCUUGACAGGAAGUACGCACCGUCCAGUCAGUCUUCCGGUCAGAUGGUGCGAUGUACAGACCCGCACCGCCUCGACCGAAGAAGACCAGCAUAGUCCGCUCGCGUACAGGCUGCAAGCUAUGUCGCCAGCGCCGUGUCAAAUGUGAUGAAAUUAAGCCAUCAUGCGGGGCAUGUACCCGUGCAGGCAAGACCUGCGAACAAGUGUCACCAAGCUUCAGCUUCAGCAAUCGAACUGCCUCUGUGCACAGAGCUGUAUCGAAUUCCCUUCAGCGUGUGGUCCCGUUGAGCGUCUGCAAAGCACAAACCCAAGAAGAUCCUGACCGAGCUGCAGAUGAGUUGCGAAGACUUGCCUCAGCUGAGUCUUUCCUGCACAUCGACACCGUGAUUGACUUCAGAAGCGUCGAAAGUGAAUACUUCUACCUCAACUACUGGGAAAGCUCAUGUAUCGAUGCUCUGGGCCGUCUCUUCCACGGCAUCAACUCCAUCCUUCACACAGAUAAUGUUUUAAAACACUCCCUCCUUGCCUUGGCAUCCUGCAACGUCAGCCGACGCUCUCCGGAGGGCCACACAAAUCAGGGCAGACUAAUCAUCUUGCCCAAUCGUACUCAUCAACUAUCCAGCCAGCGGUACUACAGUUCCGCGGUUGGCGAAACUGCAAGAACCUUACAAGCAAAGGCUGCAUCGUCACCAUUGACAACCUUGGCCAUACUGGUGCUCUUCUGCUUCAUGGAGACAGCUAUGGGAAACUUCCGAGGGUUCGGAUGGCAUUGCCAGGGAAUUGCCCAGAUAAUUGAUCUGCAGCUUCCACACCUAUCUAAAGACGCACUUGGCAAGGAACUCAUUGCCGCCUGGCUUGCAUCAAGACUCCAUAUGUGGUGGCGAAGAAUGUACUUCACCACGUUUGCUCUCCAGCUCAGCCAAAGGUCGCUCUCUGUUUCACCGCAAUUGACGCAGGUGCUGCGGACAAUCGAUGCUCAGAAAACUCUGCUUGUAUCCAUUCUGUGCGAGUCGCACCGGCUGAACACGAUCGCCACUCUUCAGGUCUUAUCAGAAACCUGUGCGCGAAGCCUGGCUGCCUGCACCGUCGACGAAUGCAUGUCAUCAUUGGAGGCAGAAGGGCAAAAGCUUGACGAGUGGCAUUCUCGCCUCGAUCCGUCUCGGCUCCCCUUUGAUAUGCUGCCCCAACUUCCGCAUGGCCGUUUUUCUGAGAUCGAAUUUCCACUAUUAUUUCAUUCCUACGAGGCAGCAGUCAACUAUGCAUACUACAGUGCAGCGCGAAUUAUGCAAUGCACAGAAGUACUCUAUCCUAGAGUAGAGUCCGACGAACACCGAGAAACUCGGCCACGAAAGCACCAAGCCGUCACUACAUACUGGAUGACCAUCCUGCUUCGUACUGUCGCAGGCUUGGAUAUUAUCGAGUGUGCUAGCAGAAAUACCUAUUCUAUCGGUAUUGCGAGCUUACUUCUAGCUUGCAUCCUCAAGUGUGAUGAUCUUACAUGCGGAUUGCAAGUACAGGAUUGGCUGCAAAAGUGCGUUGACCUCGCGAUUCUUGAAGAGGGAAGCUUCCCGAUCGCACAAACCCUGGGUGCUGUCCGCAUCAUCAAUGAGGAACGUGUCGCUGGAAGGGAUGUCUACGCGAUUGGUUUGUUGGAAGAUGACGGCGGUGGGUCAGGAAAGUAUUCGUCUUACAACAGUCAAAGGUUCCGGGACUUUGUCAUUUUAGGACGGAUGAGGGUGGAUGACUCAAUAUACUCCAAGAAUAUUGGUAUGGGAUCGGGCUGAUAUCACGACUAACGAAUCCACCUCUCUUUGAGAAACUCUAAGGAACUAUGGGGCAUGUUUUGGCCACACUGCGUUGCCAGAGAAAGUCUCCAACUCUUCGACAAAGUUGUCCCACAGGGUAUCUGAUGUCAUGGGUGCAGUGCAAUACACCUGCGCUCCCGUCCCCUCCACCAAUUCUUCUAAUUCUGGAAGCACUGCAUCUGCCGCUUGAGACUCCAUAUGCCGCUGCUCCUUCCGGCUGAGACCCCCCUGCUCACUAAACCAAGCGGAGUCUUCCUUGAUUACUCCAGCUUGAUAUAGGGACCGCAGCCUGGGGUCGAUGUCAGCAUGGAUUGCGGCUUCCAUCGCCAUCCGAU